UGUCAUCGAGUAUUAUUAUUGUGUAUUUUUAAAAUUGAUUUAUUAUCGUCAAAGAUGCCAGGCGGUCAUUUUAGCAAUGAAGAAAAGUUCGACAUGCUACAGUUUGUGCUACAAAAAACUAAAAAUACUACAGAAAUGUAUCUUGAUAAAUUUCCAGAAAGAAGGCUGCCAAAACGGUACCUUCAAUUAUUGCAACACGAUCUAGAGGACUGCUUGGAUAAUUUACCUUUGGCACAGGCUAAUAGCUGUUAGUUUGAGCAAGACGGUGCUCUUAUAAGCGGAACAUCAACACUCAUGCGUGGAAGGAAAAAGCGUUUCUCAUCGUCCAUUUUCGAUUUACCAGAGCAGAUUUAUAUCGAGCGUACAUGGGUACAAAGCGCAACAACACCACAAUAUGAUAUCCGGCGCGUUUCAUUUCGGAUCCCCCUUCGACAAGCAGCUUUGUGCAACCGAAAACUCGAGUCCAGCCAAGCGAAACUGAUGCUGAGGCAGCAGCCUUUUCGAAAGCAUUGCUGCAGUCAGCUGCAAACGAUGAAUAAUAUCCUUAUGAAUCCGUAAUGUACCCUG